GGACUGUGCGUUGAUAGAUCACUAUGUCAGUUAGUCACCUUUGUACCUUAAAUUGUAGAGCGUGGUCGCGGUUGUGGUGAGGCGGGGCGAGGAGCAUGUUCAAACCUAUGCCGAUCACGAUCCGCACAAUCACUCAAACAACUAGGCGAUACAGCAACACAGGACGAUAAGUUAACAAUACUGGCGACGUUAUUUUGGGUGGGCGCGUCACUCCUGGAGUCUGACUACGAGCAUGAGUUCUUGCUAGGAGUUCGUCUGCUCGCUCGUGUCAUGGCCCGUCUGCCGCUAGACAGGCCAGACGCAAGAGACCGUUUAGAUCGCACGCAGGCGCACACGGCACCAUCGCUACAUGCACUAUUACUCAAGGGUUGUACACAUCCAAGCACCUACGAGCCAGUAGUAGGUGUACUAGUGGACAUGAUACCACUGUUAGAGUUGCCGGUCAUAGAUCCGACACAAGCUCUAGCGUUCCCAAUGACCGUGGUCGCGUUACUGCCUUACAUGCUGCUACAUUACGAGGACGCCAACGAACUGUGCGUACGAGCAGCAUGCCAUAUAGCACAGUUCACGGCUGAGAAGAGUAAGAAACUGGAGAAUCUCGGCACAGUGAUGACGUUGUACUCGAGACGGACGUUCAGUAAGGAGAGUUUCCAAUGGACCAAGUGCGUAGUCAAAUACCUCUGGGACACAUACUCACAUCUGUCAUUACAGAUGAUCGCCUUCCUUGUCGAAGUCUUAGAGAAGGUAAGUUAUUUGUUUACUGAUAUUUUAAACUUAAAUGACAGCGACAUAAUUCAUAAGCAAACAUAAAAUAUAUCCUAAUGCUCUUUUGAUAUAUCUGCCGUCCAAAUCUCUUGAAAUACUCAAAAAAUAAAUUCUUUAAACAAUCACAGGUACAGUUUAGUAUUGAUUGUGAUAUUUGACACAUGGUGGUAUAUUGAAAUUUCGUUAUGAAUACGUAUACUGAACUAUACUAUACCUACUAGCUAUAUACAGGGAGGAACAAAAUGACCGACACAGCCGAAAGUUUCAAGUUAGGUUACAUGCAAACGUUCAUUUUAUUUGACAAAUAUUUAAAAAUAGAGAAGGUGUAAAAAUGGAGUAAAAAUUUUAAAUUUCUAAGUGUUGACAGCC